CACUUCUCAAAGCACCUAAAAGUCUCUCUCUAUCUCUUUCUGUAAACAGUCAUGCAUGCAUAGAGCUUAAAAGAAACGAAAACCCACAAAACAAAGUAGAGAAACAUUAGUUGAGAGAUUGAAAAUAAGGAUGGAAAAUUCAAAGAAGAAGAACUUCACUAAAGAAAGUGAAGAGGCAGAGCUGAGAAGAGGGCCUUGGACUUUGGAGGAAGACACUCUUCUCACUAAUUACAUUCUCCAUAACGGUGAAGGUCGUUGGAAUUACGUCGCUAAAUGUGCUGGACUAAAGAGAACUGGAAAAAGUUGUAGAUUGAGAUGGUUGAAUUACUUGAAACCCGACAUAAGAAGAGGGAAUCUUAGUCCUCAAGAACAACUUUUAAUCCUUGAGCUUCACUCUAAAUGGGGUAAUAGGUGGUCCAAGAUUGCACAGUACUUACCAGGAAGAACGGAUAACGAGAUCAAGAACUAUUGGAGAACAAGAGUUCAAAAACAAGCUCGACAACUCAACAUCGAAUCUAACAGCGACAAGUUCUUUGACGCUGUUCGUAGUUUUUGGGUCCCUAGAUUGAUCGAGAAGAUGGAACAAAACUCAUCCACUACUACUACUUAUUGUUGUCCCCAAAACAACAACAACAACUCUCUUAAUCUUCCUUCUCAAUCUCACGACUCCAUGAAUAUGCAAAAAGAUAUAGCUUACUCGGGUUUCAGCAACAUAGACGGUUCCUCUACAACUUCUACUUUCAUGUCUCAUCUAACGACAGUUCCACACUUUAUGGAUCAAAACAACACCAAUAUCAUCGAUGGCUCGAUGUGUUUCCAUGAAGGUAAUGUUCAAGAAUUGGGAGGUUAUGUCCCUGGCAUGGAGGAUUACAUGGUAAACUCGGACAUCUCAAUGGAAUGCCACAUGGCAGAUGGUUAUUCAGCGUACGAGGAUGUUACACAAGAUCCCAUGUGGAAUGUGGAUGACAUUUGGCAGUUUAGGGACUAAUUAAGUCGUCAAGAGAUGAGAUGGUAGAGCCUACCACUAUAUGGAUUUAUUUUUAUGUACUAAUAUACUUUUUCUUUUAAG